AUGUCCGUACCAACAUUCACCAAUUUUGACUUCUCGCCGGCUCCCGAGCAAACGAAGCAGCGGUACCAGCACUUGGCGGCUAAGUUCCACGCCGAGUUCCCCAAUGAAGCCAUCCAGUACUACACCAGAGCCCCUGGUCGGGUCAACUUGAUGGGCGAUCACAUCGACUACAAUUUGUUUCUGUGCUUGCCGAUGGCGAUUGAUUUCGAUUUGGUGGCCGCAGUCCACGCCAACCCUGAGUCGCUUGAGAUUGCGUUGGUCAACACUGACCCCAAAUUCACUAAACAACAGUUUACUCUUCCUGAGGAUGGUCUGGUGAUCACUAUCGACGAUAACAACUUCAAUUGGUCGUCGUACUUCCGCUGUGCCCUCAUUGUUGCCCACAAGUACUUGUUAGAGAAGGGUAGAGAUGCUUCCAAACCGCUUGUGGGGAUGCACGUUGCCUUUGAUGGUACUGUACCCACCGGUGGUGGUCUUUCCAGUUCGGCAGCAUUUUGUGUUGCCUCUACGUUGGCAAUUCUCAAAGCUAAUGGCGUGGACAGUAUCAGCAAGGCUGAUUUGACCCGCAUCACUGUGGUCAGUGAGCACUACAUUGGUCUCAACAACGGCGGUUUGGACCAGUGCUCGCUGGUUUAUGGGGAAGAUGGUAUGUGUUUGCUUGUACAGUUCCGUCCCAAACUCAAUGGGAUUCCGCUUAAGUUCCCCACUCUCCCUGACGGUGAAGAACUCAAGUUCAUUAUUUCCAACACUUUGGUGGAAUCGCCUAAAAAGUUGACGGCCCCCGUGAACUAUAACUUGCGAGUCGUCGAAAUGGGUAUUGCCCUGGACUUGCUUGCUAAGAAGUUUAACUUGUCGUUGCCGUCUGAAUCCAACAUCAAUUCGGGCACUUUGCGGGGGUUCAUGGAGACAUACUUUGUGGAGGUGGAAAAGCAACUGCCGUGGGAUGGCCAGGAUAACGUCAAGGGGAUGAAGUGGCUCCAGGAGCUCACCGAUAAGUGUGACGAGUGGUUUACCACCGAGGAAAAGGUGGGCUUCACCACCGAGGAAGCCGCUGCCGCCUUAGGUCUCAGUGUGGAAGAAUUUACACAAAAGUACCUUACCAAAAUGGAGGUGAGAUACGAUAAACUUAAAUUAUAUCAAAGAGCCAAACACGUGUUUUCGGAGUCCUACCGUGUGCUCCAGUGCUUACACUUGUUACAAACGAUCGAAAACGGCGAUGACUUCCUUCGCGAGUUUGGCGGCGUGAUGAACGCUUCGCAGCAGAGUCUUGAUCAACUCAACGGCCUGAGCCAUCCCAACUGUAAUCGUAUUUGUGAGAUUGCCCUCGCCAACGGGGCGUAUGGCACGAGAGUCACCGGUGCAGGCUUCGGGGGGUCGUUAGUGUCGAUCACCACCGCCAAGAAGUUACCCAAUUUGGUUAACGCCCUUGUCGCGGAAUACUACAAGAAGGAGUACCCCAAUAUCACUGACGACGAGCUUGCUAAUGCUUUGGUGGACACGAAGCCAGCUUGGGGGGCAUCGGUGGUGGCGGCCGCUGCUGUUGAGUAG